AGGACGUGACGGACCCACUCAAGUUGGGUGUCUCUAGUGUCAGUCUCUAGUGGCUCCAGGGUUGGCGCUUGCACCGGCAUCCCCUGUGCCCCUUGAGACUGUCUGUCCCCUGCACCCCUCAUCCCGGCUGCCGGCUGGGCGGAGCCGCCCUGGCGGAUUGGGUGUGUUCCUCCCUCAGCCGGACCGUGAGUCCUCUGUCAGGGACACAGUCAGUGGAUUGCGGAUCGGUGCUAGGCUGCUGGGCGCGUGGCCACCAUGACGGGAAGCAACAUGUCUGAAUGCUUGGCCGAUGCCCUGUGCCAGCGCUGCCAGGCCCGGUUUGCCCCCACAGAGCGCAUCGUCAACAGCAAUGGGGAGCUGUACCACGAGCACUGCUUUGUGUGCGCGCAGUGCUUCCGCCCCUUCCCCGAGGGGCUCUUCUACGAGUUCGAGGGCCGGAAGUACUGCGAGCAUGACUUCCAAAUGCUGUUUGCCCCAUGCUGCGGAUUCUGUGGUGAGUUUGUUAUUGGGCGCGUGAUCAAGGCCAUGAACACCAACUGGCAUCCAGGCUGCUUCCGCUGUGAGCUGUGUGACGUGGAGCUGGCUGACCUGGGCUUUGUGAAGAAUGCAGGCAGGCACCUCUGCCGGCCUUGCCACAGCCGGGAGAAGGCCAAGAGCCUGGGCAAAUUCAUCUGCCAACGGUGCCACCUAGCCAUCGAUGAACAGCCCCUCAUGUUCAAGAACGAUCCCUACCACCCGGACCACUUCAGCUGCUCCCACUGCGGGAAGGAGCUGACCUCCGAGGCCCGGGAGCUGAAGGGGGAACUCUUCUGCUUGCCUUGCCAUGACAAGAUGGGUGUCCCCAUCUGUGGGGCCUGCCGCCGGCCAAUUGAGGGCCGGGUGGUCAACGCACUGGGCAAGCAGUGGCAUGUGGAGCACUUUGUCUGUGCCAAGUGCGAGAAGCCAUUCCUUGGGCACAGGCACUAUGAGAAGAAAGGCCUAGCCUACUGUGAGACCCACUAUAACCAGCUUUUUGGGGAUGUCUGCUACAACUGCAAUCACGUGAUUGAGGGUGACGUGGUGUCAGCCCUCGGCAAAGCCUGGUGCGUGAACUGCUUCUCCUGCUCCACCUGCAGCAUGAAGCUCACGCUGAAGAACAAGUUUGUGGAGUUCGAUAUGAAGCCUGUGUGUAAAAGGUGCUAUGAAAAGUUCCCCCUGGAGCUGAAGAAGAGGCUGAAGAAGCUGUCUGACAUGACCUCACGCAAGGCCCAGCCCAAGUCUGUGGACAUCAACUCCGUCUGAAGGUCCUCGGCCUCCAUUGGCCUGCCCGCAGAACCUUUGCCCUCCCCCACCCCUGCAAUUCCUGCUGGCCGCCUCCCCCUCCCUCUGGGAUGUCUGUCCCCAGUCUACCUUGGGGUUACAUAGUACUUUCUUCUAUUGCUGAGACCUGUCCCAGCCUCAUAGGCAUUUCUUCCUGUACACGCAGCCUCCAGGGACAGGAACCAACUGGGCUCAGGAUUAUCUGCCAUUUGCUCAGCCCACAGAUCCCAGCCUGACACUGGUCCUUUCCAUUCUCCUGGGAGAGUUUCGGUCUGAGAGAGACCCUUGGGCUUGCCUGGGAAGCUGUCCCAGCCCUAGGGCCAGCACCUUGCACAUGGAGGCUUCUGGAGUGGGGGUGGGGCGGCCCUUCAGUUACUCAACCACAUUACUGUCCGUCCGUCCGUGUGUGCUCACACUGCAUCAGCGAAUCCAGCCACCUCUGGGAUGAGCCAGCUGGAGGGCUGAGAUUCCCCUUUCCUUCACUACUCAGGAGACCUUGCAGAAAGCCUCUGGGCUGCCCACCAAGGCUGGGGUCCCACUUCCAGGGGGACACAGUGCCCCAGCCAGCUCGGACCUGCAAGGGAUCAUCACAUACUUGCACAAUGAAGGCUGAUUUACACA